CGUGAAUCAUCGAAGCAGACAGGGAGUGAGCUAGAGGGAGAUGAUGUGACUGUAGAGUGAUGGGACCGGGCUGAGGAAAGAGCAGCGCUUGAUCCCUCUACCAGCUGCUAAUGACAGUCUUUUUGCAGACCGUGGGGCAGUUUGUAGUUCAGUAUGAGAUGCCCAGGAGAUUCAUCUUGAAGUCUGAGAGGAGGGUGAGCGUGUCUGUGGCAAAACUGCUUAGAAAACAGAUGUGCAUGCUCUUCAGGAUUGUGGAAGACAUCCAAUGUGAGAAAGGUGGGAAGGAUGACUUCAUGUGCAGAGUUCUGUGGGUCAGAAUAUGGUGAGCAAGCUCAUGCAGGUGGAAACUACCAGCAGUACGGAGUUCGCUCCUACCUACACAAGUUUUAUGAAGAAUGCACCGGUUCCAUCUGGGAACGCGAUGAAGAUUUUCAGAUUCAGAGAUCGCCUAGCAGGUGGAGCUCUUUACUCUGGAAGGUCUGUCUCGCGUUUGGAACCCUGAUGUUGUUGGCUGGCCUUGUUGUUGUUUUGGUGGGCUAUGCAAUGCCAGCUAGGAUUGAAGCGUUUGGUGAAGACGAUCUUCUGUUUGUUGACAGCCACGCCGUCAGUUUCAACCACGCUCUGGAUGUUUGCAAGCUGACUGGUGCCGUGCUUUUCUGUGUGGGAGGCACCUACAUGGCCGUCGGCCUCCUGCUGUCUGCUUUUGCCAAAAAUUACUCCAAGAAGGAACUUUAUCUCCAACAAAGGUUUAAGCAACGACUAGCAGAUCACACAACAGUCGGUUCACCUGUAAUGAGAGCACCGGCCCCCGGGGAGGGGAAGGUGCCCGUUACAUUUUCUAAACUCCAGAACAUUCAGCCUGCAUCUACAAAGCCGGGGACCUGAUCGAAGCCAUAUGGUGAGGCUCGGUGGAGGACUAAUGGGUGUGCCGAUUGAGUCAAAAUGAGUGGAAGUUCAACUGAGUACUAGGAUUGGUUCCGCAUCUUUUGUUUCUGUGUUUAAAAUCUUAAAUUGAGUUUUAGAGAUGUAACGUAGCUCUCACCAGGCAAGUUUGCCCCCUGUCCACCUUAAAUCUGGGCUCCUGUAGAAGCAAUGAUGCGAGCAACAUCCAUUGAGAUACUGGAAGUAGCGCAUGGUGAGCUUUCGUUUCUCGUAGAAGUUUAUUUGAACACUUCAAGAGGAUUUUAAAAUCUUUUUGCCCCUGGGAAAAUGUACCUGUGUAACUGUUUGCCUUAAAUCUAAGGCUUCAAAAGAUACAUUUGGACCACUUUGGCCCAGUCUUUCCCUGUCUGACUAUAUUAUCAACCUGGGAAAAAAAAAUCUAAUAUAUACACCCGAGGGCAGGACAAUGCAUCAAAAAUGUAUCAUUAUCAAAAUUUCUAACUCUAAUCCAUAAUAUUUUUCCCAUGUCAAUACAUUUGGUAAUGUGUAGAUGUGUAGGUCAGCGACGUUCAUGUUCCACCUCGAGUCACAUGACAACAUGACUCAGAGUAAAACACGUGACAUCCCCAUCUAGUGGAUAACUUUGCUUUUGCGCUUACAUGUAGUUAUCGCUCAGCCCCCAUACACACUGACUUUAGGUCCUAAAAAUUAUUUGAUUGAAUUAUGCUUGUAUGAAGUUGAUAAAUUAUGUUUAACAUUAUCAAAUGAAAAUGAAAAUUUACCGUCUGGUAAUACAUGAAAAACCUGCUGUUUGUAUUUGACCUGAUGUAGGAACUAAAACCCAGGCUUGGUAAUGAGGGAUUUCAGGCUCAGACCCGUCUCUACGUCUGCUUUUACCUUUAAAGGAUUGGGUUCCACCUCUUUUGACGACCCACGACCGACCGUGUUACCGUGUAGGUCAUGAUAAGCUCCACCGGGCGCGACUGAGCUAAGAAAGAAGCUAAAAUACUACCGUAUGUCAGCUUUGUCCAUAUUUUCUUCUCAUCCUCCACCUCUCUAUCGCAGUAGGCAGAGGGGUUGUAAACGUGUCCCAUCAGAGCAGGUGUUCCCACAUAGUUUCUGUCUAUAAUAAGACCUUAAAAAGUGGAUUAGCGUCCAUCUAUGGUCUCCAUGUAAACUAACGCUGGACCGGAAAUCGGUUGCAUAUUUCACACAAAGGAUCAUGGAGGCUAGGAAUAAGGUGGAUAGAUUCAAGAAAACACAGAGGCAAUUUAGGCUCCAGCUACCAGUGAAAACGUUUCCAUUCCAGGCAAUAGCGGAACAAAUCAGAGCCCCCAUCCCCCCCCCCCCCCCCCCCCAGCCCCUCCUGAAGCUCCGCCCCUGAUUCUAGGGCUGUUUUAGAGAAGAAUCAUUUUAAGGGUGGAAAAUAAAAACUGUUCUGAGGAUGUGUAUAGUGGGGAAAUGAUAUUGCUGCUUGCUUGGCUUCUUUGAUGAUUUGCCCUGAUUCGCUUAGACGAUCAAACAUCGGACUGAAUGUAUCAUUCAUUUUCUUUGCCUGUAGAGGAAAUCAAAAGGGAGGAAGUUUAAUGUGAAUUCUGCUCGUGCUGCAUGUCCAUCAUGGCAGACGUAGUGGUAUGUUACCUAAUGCGUCCUGCCGCUUAGAGCUGUUUAUGUUUGACAACAAGUGUAAUGACAUAAUAAGGUUUCUCGUCCCCUUGGGGAAUGUUCUUUUAAAUCUGGAGAUGUGGUAUUUAGUGCUGGAGAUUUGACAUUUUUAAACCCUGAAGGAGUCUCAAAGUGUCAAAUCUGAUUAGAGAGAAAGACAGGUUAGAACCAAAUCAAAAGGCAAAUUUGAUGCUGACAUUUUCUCCCGUCUCAUUGGGCCUCUGACCUUGUUUCUUUUGCUAAACCUUCAGACAGAAUCAAUAGAUGAACUCACACUCAGAAAUAGAAAGAAUAGACAGAACAUGCAAAACAUCACAGGUCAUUUCCUAGCUUUAACUGAUCGUUCACUGCUCCAUCUGCUGUAAAUGUAUGAUUAGCUUAUUUCAUUUCAGUUAUUAGUUUAGGUCUGUAUUCAUUCCAGUCCAAUUGACACCUAAAAAUCCUUGAAAAUGUGCUUUUUUUGCUUUGCUUUGAAUCAAGCUUUGCUCUAACUAAAAUGGAAUGAAGAUGAGAAACAAUGUGGCUGACGUGUUACAUAACAGCUAAAAACACAUUCAGAUCUCCAAUGAGCAGCAGCAUCGGAUCUGACAGCACCAACGCGUACCCGUCGUGAUUCAGAGAUGAUUUAAGGACGUCCGUCAUACUCCCAAACAGGGGCGGAUUUAGGACUGAAGAAGAUCCAGGGCUUAACACACGCGCGCACGUGCGCGCACACACACACGUGACACACACUAGUCAACAUCAUAUACAUUACAAAUCACAAAUAUUUUCAAAUAAGACUCACAAACCUGAGUCAACACCAGUAUAAUCAAAGCUGGAGUUCUGUCGCGGUACCUUUUGUCUGAAAAAACGUCCUUAUGUCCAUCUUCACACACGCGUUUCAGGCAGAGAGUGUAGAAGAAGCCAGCAGCUGAAGGGCUUCUUCAGUGGUGGAGGCUCAGGCAGGCUGUAUACAAACUACUGCCAGCUGCUCCCUCUCUGUUGGACUUUGGUACUGCAUGUUACUUCCACGUUUUAGAUCCGGGGCUUUUCAUAAAACAUUCGGGGCUUGAGCCCAAGUAGCCGGGCCUAACGCCACCCCUGCUCCCAAACCCAACAUUAUACCGUCACACUCAGCAGAGCAUCCUCUAAUACUGAGUCAAAUGACAUUUAGGAGGUUUUUAUUAUAGUAUUCAGGUCUAACAUUCACACUUGAACUGUAACUUAAGCACGUAAGCUGCUAAUAAUCACAUUUUACUGCUUUUCUGUGAACAUCUUUGGAUAAUGUCGCUGUUUUUGGGUCAUUUGUGCUCAAAUGCACGGCUUUCUUUGCACUGUCCUUGAUUAGAAUGACGUUUCUGUUGCUCAUCAUCAGAUCAAAACUGCAGGACGUUUGCUUUUUUAAAUGAUGAGCUUCCACGCUGGACAACUCUGUUCAUGUACCAUUAAAUAUCAGUUCCACGACCUUUCAUUUUUCCAACACUUCCUUAAAAAUAGAUUCUGUUUGAAAUAAUAGAAACAACAUGAAGGUAGAAUAAUAUGUACCAAUAGAAGUUGUAUAUUUACUGAGUUGUAAAGAGAAGCCAAACUGUCAAAUGAAGCUGUUGUGCACAAAUCCUCCACUGAACUUUACUGUGUGAUCAGUUAAUGUGCAGAUUUCAUUGUAACUGCAAACAGUUUCAUGCUGCAUUACAGUUUGACACGUGUGUUUUUUUUUGUUCUCCUUUCCUUCAACAUGGUUGUAUAACAGUGGAUUCUCCCACUCGGUGAUAAAUGGACUGUACUAACAGGGAAUUGAAUUAACACCGAACGCAUCCGUGUCCAAACACACACUGUCUAUUUUUCAUAUGACACAAUAAAAUGACAUAUCCACUCCUCA